UUCACCGGAAGUUGCAUGUUUGCAAGAAGCAGACAGAUUAUUGACAGUAAUUCGACAGAUUACUGUUGACAGAGUGGUUGUAACAAUUAGUUUGAUAUUCAUCAGUAAAUAUGUUCAAAAAAUUUGAAGACAAGGAGUGUGUAACAGGGGUGAACCAGGCCAAGUCUACAGUACAGAAGGGAAUCAGGGCAUCACUUCUAAAAAUUUAUCCACACAUCAAAGAUUACAUAGACCAGAUCGUACCAAAAAAGGGAGAUCUUAAAGUUGUCAAAUGUCGUGAGCACAUAGAAAUACUGGCCAGUGCUAAAGGAGAACCAUUGUUUUUCCGUCAUAGAGAAGACAAAUAUGUACCAGCUCUAAAGCUGUUACACAAGUUCCCCUUCCUUGCCCCACACAUGCAGGUGGAUAAAGGUGCCAUCCGUUUUGUGUUGAGUGGUGCCAACAUCAUGUGUCCUGGACUUACCUCCCCUGGAGCACGGAUGACCAAGGUUGAUGCUGACACUGUAGUCGCUAUCAUGGCUGAGGGCAAGGAGCAUGCUGUGGCUGUCGGCAUAACAAAAAUGUCAACAGAUGAAAUUUUGGAGAAAAAUAAAGGAAUCGGUGUGGAAAAUAUUCACUAUCUAAACGAUGGACUAUGGAACAUGAAGAAUGUAAAAUAACAAAACCCAUCUGAAGGAAAUAAUCUGCUUUAUAAGGAGCCUGUUGGAUGAGCGUGCCAACCUGGAGUUAGGCCCUGUAAGGUCCAACCCACCUGUGGUGUUCACAGAACCUGGUUGUUCUCUCAGAUUUUAUAAAUAAGUGACAUCAAUUAUGUUCUUGGAAGGCAUAUAUUUAUGAUGAUUAUAUUCUUACUGUCAAUUUCCAAAAAUGUAAUUGAUAUUAACUUUUACUUCUUUCACUAUCAGUAACCUUUGAGUUUGAAUGUGAAUAGAUCCCUGGAGAGAUAAAGGAGAACACAGGUGCUCUAAGUGGUUCUACUUUUCAUACAUUGGAUAAUUAUACUAAUUGUCCGAUUAACAGGUCUGCUAAAUAAACUGAUAAAUGCUGAUAAAGUUAUUUUUUAGAAGGACUGUUCAUAACAUAUGAUAUAAAAAGAUUUGUAUGAUAUGGUUGCUAAGAAAAUGUCCAUGUAUAUGUUACAUUUGUAUCAGAAGGUUUCUUAUUUUUGUUUUUAUUAGGAAAAUAACUCCUUAAUUAUGUACAUGUAAUGUGCCCUAGUGCCAACUUACUACCACAAGCUUCACCAUUACGGAAUAAUGCCACUCUUAAAAAUUUGUAUGACUAACUUAACAAUACUUUAUGACAGGUGUGCAUACCUGCUCUGAUAGCACUUAAGCAAAUGAGGAUGAAUAGACAAUAGUAGCUAUAUUUUUGUAAAGGGAGAUAACUCUAUCAAAAUCUGGGUUAUCAACACAAUUCAAUAGGCCAGACCUAUCUUUUUUUGUCAAUAUCUUAAAUUAUUAUGUUCUUGCAUCAGGUGGAGUAGUUACCAUUGAUUAUGAAUUUAAAAGGAGAGAUUAUCUGGUUUUGUUGCAAAAUGUCUAACAUAUGUCACAGAAUGGAAUUAACUAUGUCAUUCUGAAUACAAAAUCUGAUACUA